UUCCUUAAAAUCUGUUCUGAUACGUCUCUUUAUUUUAAAUAAAAGCAAAUUGAUUACACCAUUUGUUAUGUUUAGCAGUCUUGGUAUAAUCAAUAUCUAUGCAAUAUUAAGGGUGUGACGGUCGGGACAGGUGGCCUGCAAGAUUUGAAGACGAGAAUAAGACCGCGCUUAUGAAGCAAUGAUAAUACCUGAAUUUUAAACCGAUAAGAUUGCGUUAAGUUUUUAUAAGCGCGUGUGAAUGUUAUUAACACAACUUUCGCCAUGAUACCGACCCGUUUGUAUCUUAUGUUCUGUUGUCUCCUUGCGAGAGCUCGUGCCGACCGCUAUCAUUCCGCGGCUUCCGAGCAAGACGUACCGGCAUUCGCCGCCGUGGCCGCUGAAAGCACUGCCGAGUAUUGGGCGUCAGAGGCGCGAGCCGGAAUCGAGGAACGGUUGCACCAGAGGUACUCUGGGGAUACUAGAGCCGCUCGUAAUGUCAUCAUGUUCUUGGGAGACGGCAUGUCGGUUCCUACGAUAACCGCCGCGCGCACACUGCUCGGCCAGCGCGCUGGAGGAACCGGGGAAGAAGCGCAAUUGUCAUUUGAAAAGUUCCCCACUGUCGGUUUCAGUAAGACGUACUGUAUGGACGCACAGAUCGCGGACUCGGCGUGCUCGGCGACGGCGUACCUUUGCGGCACUAAAGCCAACGAAGGCACUUUAGGUGUCACGGGUGCUGUACGCCGGCGGGACUGCGCUGCUUCUCAGGUCCCCAGCUCUCGCCUCACUUCCAUCGCCGCCUGGGCGAUCGCCGACGGCAGAGACGCGGGUAUUGUGACGACAGCACGAGUAACACACGCCUCCCCGGCGGGUGCGUACGCACGCUCCGCCAACCGCGACUGGGAGAGCGACACUGACGUGACCACGGACAACGUCGACUCGACUCAAUGUCCCGACAUUGCUGCGCAGCUCGUAAACGAGGAGCCAGGAAAGCUCUUUAAGGUUAUAUUAGGAGGAGGAAGACGCGAGUUUCUACCGUCCGGAGUAGUGGACGAAGAAGGAACCAACGGUAGAAGAAGCGACAACCGAAAUUUGAUUGAGGAGUGGCAGGUUGAUAAGAGGAGUCGUAACGAGACCUUUCGCUAUGUGUGGAACCGUAAGCAGCUCUUGGAGGCGCGCGAGCAAGGUCCGCAAUAUCUGCUCGGGCUUUUCGAAGGUAGCCACAUGCAAUACCACAUGGAGGCUGACAAUCACACAGAACCUUCGCUCGCGGAGCUUACGGAGACCGCGAUCCGGAUGCUUUCGCGCAAUGAGCGAGGAUUUUUUUUAUUUGUGGAGAGUGGCCGUAUCGACCACGCUCAUCAUGAAAACCAGCCCGAGCUAGCAUUGGACGAGACCCUAGCGUUGAACGCCGCCGUCCAGCGGGCCACCGCGCUUCUGUCAGCCGAACGGGACUUGCUCGUAGUGACGGCCGAUCACGCGCACGUCAUGGCCUUCAACGGAUACAGCGCCCGUGGCAACGACGUGUUAGGACCGUCCGGGACGCGAGAUUCGGAUGGUGUACGCUACAUGACUCUGUCUUACACCAACGGCCCGGGGCACCGCGCAUACGGAACGCGCCCGCGAAGUGAUGUCACGCUCGAGCCAAACUACCGGUCGACACGAUGGAUGUCGCACGUGGAUGUUCCACGGUCGUCGGAGACACACGGCGGCGACGACGUCGGUGUGUACGCGCGAGGGCCACAGCACGGGCUAUUCGGGGGCGUCUAUGAGCAAAGCCGACUUCCGCACCUCAUGGCUUACGCCACGUGUCUGGGACCCAAGCCGCACGCCUGUAGCGGCGCCAUAAGCAACACCGCAUCUGCAGCGCUGCUCGCUUCUGCCGCUCUGCUGCUCUCGUUGUGCCGUGGGGCAAAUUGAGUACUGUGUACUACAUGAACUGAUUAUUUUUAAAAGGAUUUAGUAGAGGAUGCGAUUGAUAAAAGUUAAUAGACUUAAUAGUUAAUAGUAAGAUAGACGCGUCUGUAAUAUUGUCUCGGGAUUUUUAUACGAUAAUAUUAUAAGUUAAAGACCUAUGCAGGGAAGGAAUUAUGUAUUAUUAUGAGUUCUUUAUUAUUUCAUCUAUAUUAAUCAAAUAAGUAAACAACAA